GCCAGCGUUGGAUGCGGCUGGUAUCCUAGCGAGCCUCAAGCCCUUCACCCCGAGAGAUUUGUAACUGCUGUAUCUUUGUACCUGUUAAAUCUGUUCCGAAGAUGGCUGAUCCUUGGCAGGAAUGCAUGGAUUAUGCAGUAACCCUAGCAAGACAAGCUGGAGAGAUGGCUCGUGAAGCCCUAAAAAACGAAAUGAAUAUUAUGAUCAAAAGUUCUCCAGUUGAUUUGGUAACUGCUACUGACCAAAAAGUUGAAAAAAUGCUUAUCUCUUCCAUAAAGGAAAAGUAUCCAUCUCACAGUUUCAUUGGUGAGGAAUCUGUGGCAGCUGGGGAAAAAAGUAUUUUAACUAACAGCCCUACGUGGAUCAUUGACCCUAUUGAUGGAACAACUAACUUUGUACAUGGAUUUCCUUUUGUAGCUGUUUCAGUUGGCUUUGUUGUUAAUAAAAAGAUGGAAUUUGGAAUUGUAUACAGUUGCAUGGAGGAUAAGAUGUAUACUGGCCGGAAAGGAAAAGGUGCCUUUUGUAAUGGUCAAAAACUACAGGUUUCACGCCAAGAAGAUGUUACCAAAUCACUCUUGGUGACAGAGUUGGGCUCUUCCAGAACACCAGAGACUGUGAGAAUUAUUCUUUCUAAUAUGGAAAGGCUUCUUUGCCUUCCCAUCCAUGGGAUCCGAGGUGUUGGAACAGCAGCUCUUAAUAUGUGCCUUGUGGCAGCUGGAGUUGCAGAUGCAUAUUAUGAAAUGGGAAUUCACUGCUGGGAUGUAGCAGGUGCUGGUGUUAUUGUGACUGAAGCUGGUGGAGUACUCUUGGAUGUAGCAGGUGGACCAUUUGAUUUGAUGUCACGAAGAAUAAUUGCUUCAAACAAUAAGACAUUAGGAGAAAGGAUAGCCAAAGAAAUUCAGAUAAUACCUCUUCAAAGAGAUGAUGAAGAUUAAUUCUAACAGCUUCACACAUUCAAUCACAGUUGCAUCUCUCCAGGUUUGCUGAUGGUGUUACAAAGUUCAGGACAUCUGUUUCACUUGAAUAAUAUGAUUGGUUUAAAUUGUCGUUGAUGUCCAGAUUAAAAAUUGCAACUUGU